GGUGCUACUCAAGCAUUUGCUGAAGGCCUAUGGAUCUGUAUCUUCUCCUUAAGGCUAUUGGUUUCCUUCUGUUGGUAAUAAUUGGGAUUCCUGGGAAUGUCUUCAUUAUGGUGCAAUUCACCUACUUUCGGAUCAUUGAAAAGAAACUAUUGCCGACUAAUAUCAUAUUAAUGGUGCUAGCUCUAGUGAAUCUGCUUGUGAUCCUUUCUCGUAUCAUUCCGCAGUCAAUUAAUGCAUUAGGAGUUGAGGAAUUGUUGGAUGACACAGAGUGCAAAUUUGUCAUCUUCACCUACAGAGUAAAUAGGGCCAUGUCUAUUUGUGUCACCAGUUUUCUCAGCUGUUACCAGUGCAUACUUAUUGCUCCGAAUACAAAGUUAUGGAUCUAUUUUAAACAUAAUGUUACCCAAAAUGUGGUGGCUAUUAUUUCUCUUUUCUGGAUAAUUAACAUUGCUAUAUACCCUUAUAGCAUUUUCAAUGCCCGUACAAGAAGAAAUCAAACAACUUCCCCCUAUACUCUUCACCUAGUGUACUGUGAUGCAGAUUUCUUGAACUACAUGGCAUAUAUAGUCAAUGGGGCAAUUUAUUCAAUUCGUGAUUUUAUUUUUGUUGGGUUGAUGGCUUUGGCAAGCAGUUAUAUUGUAUUUAUAUUGCUUAGUCAUGACAAAUCAGUGAAAGGAAUACGGAGCUCAGACAGAACCCAGCGGAGAUCUGUAGAGUACAGAGCUUCUAAAGCUGUUAUCUUGUUAGUUGCACUGUAUGUACUGCUUUAUGGGUUGGAUAACUGUAUGUGGAUCUACAUGACGUCUAACGUCACUCCUAAUAUGAAUGAGAUUCGAAUUUUCUUAGCAUCCUCCUACUCAAGUCUCAGUCCUAUAGUCAUAAUAAUUACUAACCCGAAACUUCAGCGGAAAUGGUGCACUUGCAAUAGAGAGAAGAAUCGUAAUUCUGAAGUAAAUGGACAAGUGUAUUUCAUAAGCAAAUAAUUAUAUAGUCACUUGCCUAAUUUACAUUGCAACCAAGCACAAGGUAUUCCUGGAAAAUUGAAAAACCAAAUUCUGGUUUGUUCUCUAUGUGAUGCCAUCUUUGGCAGAAAAAUGACAAUGAAUGAAAGGCUCGAAAAGGAGACAAUGAGCUCCUGUACAUUGUCACAUAAAAAACCAACCAAAACUAAAAUGAUAUUUGCAUUUAUUCACUGUCAUACUUGAUUAUAAAGGUAAGUGUUCUACAGCUUCAUGUAAAGUGCAA